UUCUUGUUUUGGCGCUCCCGUUCCGUGCCUGCAAUGUCUGGACGCGGCAAGCAAGGCGGCAAAGCUCGAGCCAAAGCCAAGUCCCGCUCCUCUCGUGCUGGUUUGCAGUUCCCGGUGGGCCGCGUCCACCGCCUGCUCCGCAAGGGCAACUACGCCGAGCGGGUCGGGGCCGGCGCGCCCGUGUACCUGGCGGCCGUGCUCGAGUACCUGACGGCCGAGAUCCUGGAGCUGGCGGGCAACGCGGCGCGCGACAACAAGAAGACGCGCAUCAUCCCGCGCCACCUGCAGCUGGCCAUCCGCAACGACGAGGAGCUCAACAAGCUGCUGGGCCGCGUGACCAUCGCGCAGGGCGGCGUCCUGCCCAACAUCCAGGCCGUGCUGCUGCCCAAGAAGACCGAGAGCCACCACAAGGCCAAGGGAAAGUGAUUCGGCAAGCAUCUUAGUUUCCGGAAGCGAUUUCAAACCCAAAGGCUCUUUUCAGAGCCCCCCACCAAUUCAGUAGAAGAGCUAAUACUACUCUUAGGUUAAGGUGAUAAAUAGGCAAAGGUUUCAAAAGCUUCUCCCUGCAAAGAUGUCUGGGUCCAGAGUGUCUGUCAAACUCGUCAGUUCUCAGAAAUAAAUGGACGGAUGACAGUAUUCUGACAUCACUCAUUGAUUCUGCACCUGCAAAUGUUUUCC